GGAGGAGGAGGAGGGGGAGGUGGUGCUGGUGGCGGCGGAGGUGGAGGCUGAGGAAGAGCCUGGAGGCGGCCGCGGCGGGGCGGCUCGGCGGCGGCGCGCGCCCCUGAAGCGUUGGGAUCCUGAAUUAAGGCGGCGGCGCCGGAGGACAGCAGGAGUGGCGGGGCCGCCACCGUCGCCGGAGAGAGAUGAGCCGGGAAGCCUGAGGCCAGAGACGCCCGCCCUCGGGGGACCCCCGUCCGCCCGGCUUCCCCGCUCCGGGGUGCUGGAAGAUGAAAGAAACGGUCCAGGGGACCGGCUCUUGGGGCCCUGAGCCUCCGGAGCCCGGCCUAGCCCCAGCUUACUCCAGUCCCAGGCGAGAACGGCUUCGUUGGCCCCCACCCCCCAAACCCCGACUCAAGUCAGGUGGUGGCUUCGGGCCGGAUCCCGGGUCCGGGACCACAGUACCUGCAAGGCGCCUCUCUGUCCCUCGACCCUCCUUCGAUGCAUCAGCUAGCGAAGAGGAGGAUGAGGAGGAGGAAGAGGAAGAUGAAGAUGAGGAGGAGGAGGUGGCCGCUUGGAGGCUGCCCCCCAGAUGGGUUCAGAUGGGAGCAUCAUCGCAGCGGCCUCGCCCUUCUCGCCCUAGUCAUCGGAAAACCUGCUCGCAGCGCCGCCGCCGCGCCCUGAGAGCUUUCCGGAUGCUGCUCUACUCCAAAAGCACCUCACUGACAUUCCACUGGAAGCUCUGGGGGCGCCACCGGGGCCGCCGGCGGAGCCUGGCGCACCCCAAGAACCAUCUUUCACCCCAGGAAGGGGGUGCGACGCCACAGGUGCCAUCCCCAUGCUGUCGUUUUGACUCCCCCCGGGGGCCACCCCCACCCCGGCUGGGUCUGCUAAGUGCUCUCAUGGCUGAGGAUGGGGUGAGAGGGUCUCCUCCAGUGCUCUCUGGGCCCCCCCUGGAGGAAGAUGGACUAAGAUGGACUCCAAAGUCUCCCCUGGACCCCGACUCCGGCCUCUUCUCGUGUACUCUGCCCAAUGGUUUUGGGGGGCCACCUGGGCCAGAAGGGGAGCGCAGCCUUGCGCCCCCUGAUGCCAGCAUCCUCAUCAGCAAUGUCUGCAGCAUUGGGGACCACGUAGCCCAGGAGCUUUUCCAGGGCUCUGAGUUGGGCCCCUCGGAGGAGGCCGAGCAGCCUGGGGAGAAAGCUGGCCAGCACAGCCCCCUGCGCGAGGAGCAUGUGACCUGCGUGCAGAGCAUCUUGGACGAAUUCCUUCAAACAUACGGUAGCCUCAUCCCCCUCAGCACUGAUGAGGUUGUAGAGAAAUUGGAGGACAUUUUCCAGCAGGAGUUCUCUACGCCUUCCAGGAAGGGCCUGGUGCUGCAGCUGAUCCAGUCCUACCAGCGGAUGCCUGGCAAUGCCAUGGUCAGAGGCUUCCGGGUGGCCUAUAAGCGGCAUGUGCUGACCAUGGACGACUUGGGGACCUUGUAUGGACAGAACUGGCUCAAUGACCAGGUGAUGAAUAUGUAUGGAGACCUGGUCAUGGACACAGUCCCUGAAAAGGUGCAUUUUUUCAACAGUUUCUUCUAUGAUAAGCUCCGCACCAAGGGAUACGAUGGGGUGAAAAGGUGGACCAAAAAUGUGGACAUCUUCAAUAAGGAGCUACUGCUCAUCCCCAUCCACUUGGAAGUGCAUUGGUCCCUCAUCUCUGUUGAUGUGAGGCGACGAACCAUCACCUAUUUUGACUCUCAGCGCACCCUGAACCGUCGCUGUCCUAAGCAUAUUGCCAAGUAUCUGCAGGCAGAGGCAGUGAAGAAAGACCGACUGGAUUUCCACCAGGGCUGGAAAGGUUACUUCAAAAUGAAUGUGGCCAGACAGAACAACGACAGUGACUGUGGCGCCUUUGUGUUGCAGUACUGCAAGCACCUGGCCCUGUCGCAGCCAUUCAGCUUCACCCAGCAGGACAUGCCCAAACUCCGCCGGCAGAUCUACAAGGAGCUGUGUCACUGCAAACUCACCGUGUGAGCCUCGCCCCAGCCCCACACCGCCGGCGCCAAGGAGCCCCUUCCCGAGAAGCUCCGCUCCCUUUCCUCUCUGGCCUCUCCUCACCCAGUUCCUUUGGUUUUUCAUAUUUAAAUGUUUUGAUUUCUGUAUUUUUUUUUUUUUUGAGAAAAUACUCGUUGAUUUCUGAUGGCAGGGGAUGGCCACCGCAAAGCCCUUUCCCUCCCUGCCUGCAGGGAGGUGGCCUGGUGUCAGGCCGAGGUGGACGGCCUCCCCCUUCCGUGUGCAGGGGCAGGAAAUCAGUGCUGGGGGUGGUGGGCGGGCAAAGGGAUUUCUGCCUGCCGGAUCUGCAAACGUUUUUUAUAUAUAUAUAUAAAUGCCACGGUCCUGCUCUGGUCAAUAAAGGAUCCUUUGGAGAUAA